ACCAGACGCCGGUGAAAUACGGUUGAGCAUCACCGCAACAUCCUGUAUCUGCGUCGACAGGAACACGCAUUCCCGAUAGAAGAUACGAUUCGACACCUAAUCGAUACCCUAUCUCUUUAGCGCGCCCCUCGUUGCUGAGGAAAAAAAAUCCUAUCCCCACCCACAAUCGAUUCUUUCUUCCUUCUCUUUUACACAACAUGCCAGCAGCCACAGCAGCACCUUCAUCUGCCAACAUGUCUGCUAAGGAGAACAAGGGAUCGGUCAAGGUUCUUGACGAACUGAUGGCCAAGUUGAACAUCUCGAAGGACCAAGAUCAGAUCAACGAGGCAACCCACAACCUUGCCGUUUUCAUUAACGGCGAUAUCGAGACCAAGGACGCCCCAACAAAGACUGUCGAGACCCUCCAGAAGCAACUGGCGAACAAGAAGGAUGCCGUUGUACGAGAGCGCGCUCUCAACGCCAUCAAGGCUAUCGCUGAGCAUGGCGAGACCUCGGCGGCUGUUGAGCCAUAUCUUGUCACUCUCCUCCCAGCCGUCCUGGCAGCCGUUGGUGACAAGAUGGUCCCAGUCAAGAAUGCCGCACAAGAGACUGCUUUGAGCAUCAUCAAGGCCGUCAACGCAAACGCCGUCAAGGUCGUCUUGCCACCCAUCAUCAACUCCAUCCUCACCGCACAAAAGUGGCAAGAAAAGAUCACUGGUCUCAGCUGUAUCGAGGCCCUUGUCGCUUCCGCUCCCGCACAACUGGCCCUCCGUGUACCAGAUCUUAUCCCAGUCGUCUCCGAGUCGAUGUGGGAUACCAAGCCAGAGGUCAAGAAGAUGGCCUACGGUACAAUGGAGAAGGUCUGUGGUCUUAUCGUCAACAAGGAUAUCGAGCGAUUCAUUCCCGAGCUCAUCAAGUGUAUCGCCAAGCCAGAAAACGUCCCAGAGACUGUCCAUCUGCUCGGUGCUACCACUUUCGUUACCGACGUUCAUGAGCCAACUCUGGCUAUCAUGGUCCCCCUUCUUGACCGUGGUCUCGCUGAGCGCGAAACCGCAAUCAAGCGAAAGUCUGCCGUUAUCGUCGACAACAUGUGCAAGCUUGUCGAGGACCCCCAAAUUGUCGCGGCUUUCUUGCCCAAGCUCAUGCCCGGUCUGAACAAGAACUACGAGAACUUGGCUGACCCCGAGGCUCGUGAGAAGACCAAGCAAGCUCUCGACACUCUUAUCCGUGUCGGUGACGUUAAGGACGGGAAGAUCCCUGAGGUCUCACAUGCUGGUGAUGUCUCCACCGUUCUCGCCAUUCUCAAGGACAUCCUUGGCUCCAAGCACAAGGAUGCUGCCGAGAAGUUCGGUCCAGUCCUCGAGUAUGCUUCCGCCAUCGCCGGUCAACUUAUUGACGAGAAGGAUGCCGAUAGCUCCUCUUGGACCACUAAUAUUAAGCCAUACAUUGCCGCCGUUGUUGGUGACAAUGAUGCACAAGGAAUCGUUGACAACCUCCGAAAGCGUGCUUCUCCAGGUGCUGAGGCGGAAGAUGCCGAGGAGGCUGACGACGAGGAGGGAGAGGAUCUCUGCAACUGUACCUUCAACUUGGCUUAUGGUGCUAAGAUCCUUCUGAACCAAACACAUCUCCGCCUCAAGCGUGGCCAACGUUACGGUCUCUGCGGUCCUAACGGUUCCGGAAAGUCGACUCUCAUGCGCGCCAUUAACAACGAGCAAGUUGAGGGCUUCCCAAAGAAGAGCGAGGUCAAGACCGUCUUCGUUGAGCACGAUCUCGAUUCCGCCGACACUGAACAGACCACCAUCGCCUGGACCAUGAAGAAGCUUGCUGAGGUUGGUGUUAAUACUAGCCAGGCUGAGGUCGAGAAACAAUUGGCCGAGUUCGGUUUCACCCCAGAAAUGACCGCCAACCAGAUUACUGCUCUGUCUGGAGGAUGGAAGAUGAAGCUGGCUCUUGCCCGUGCCGUCUUCGAGGCUCCUGAUAUUCUGUUGCUCGAUGAGCCGACUAACCACUUGGAUGUGAAGAACGUCAAGUGGCUCGAGGACUACUUGAAGGCUUCCCCUUGCACAUCCAUCAUCGUUUCUCAUGACUCCGGUUUCUUGGAUAAUGUCUGCCAGCACAUCAUCCACUACGAGCGAUUCAAGCUCAAGAGAUACCGUGGUAACUUGAAAGAAUUUGUCAAGAAGUGCCCAAGUGCCCGCUCCUACUACGAGCUUGGUGCUUCUGAUCUCGAGUUCACGUUCCCUGAGCCCGGUUAUCUCGAGGGUGUUAAGACCAAGGCAAAGGCUAUUGUGCGUGUUAACAAGAUGGAAUUCCAAUACCCAGGUACCCCCAAGCCACAAAUCACCGACAUCACCUUCCAAUGUUCCCUCGGCUCCCGUAUUGCCGUUAUCGGUCCCAACGGUGCUGGUAAAUCUACUCUGAUCAACGUCCUGACCGGUGAACUCAUCCCAACCAAGGGUGAAGUCUACACCCACGAGAACAUCCGUAUUGCUUAUAUCAAGCAACACGCUUUCGCCCACAUUGACAGCCACUUGGAUAAGACUCCUUCCGAGUAUAUCCAAUGGCGUUUCCAGACUGGUGAGGAUCGUGAGACCAUGGACCGAGCCAACAAGAUCGUCACCGACGAGGAUGAGAAGGCCAUGGACAAGAUAUACAAGAUUGAGGGUACCCAGAGACGUGUCAUCGGCAUUCACGCCCGUCGUAAGUUCAAGAACUCUUACGAGUACGAGUGUUCGUUCGCUCUCGGAGAGAACGUUGGAAUGAAGAACGAGCGAUGGGUUCCCAUGAUGACUGCUGAUAACGCCUGGAUUCCCCGAAAUGAGAUCAUUACUUCUCACCAGAAGAUGGUUGCUGAGAUCGACCAGAAGGAAGCUCUUGCCAGCGGUCAAUUCCGCCCUCUGGUCCGAAAGGAGAUUGAGGCUCACUGCGCCAAUUUCGGUCUCGAUGCCGAGUUGGUGUCUCACUCACGUAUGUUGGGUCUCUCCGGUGGACAACGUGUCAAGGUUGUCCUAGCUGCUUGCUCAUGGCAACGACCACACUUGAUCGUCCUUGACGAGCCCACCAACUACCUCGACCGUGACUCUCUUGGUGCUCUGUCCAAGGCUCUCAAGAAGUUCGAGGGAGGUGUCAUCAUCAUCACCCACUCUGCCGAGUUCACCAAGGACUUGACUGAGGAAGUCUGGGCCGUGAUGGACGGCCGCAUGACCCCCAGUGGACACCACUGGAUCAGUGGACAAGGUUCUGGACCAAGAUUGAAGGGCGAGGACGACGAGAACCCCCACGUGAUGCAACUAUUUUCACGUGACCCGGAUAUAUACUGACUACGUAACAGGAAGAAGAGAAAUUCGAUGCCAUGGGUAACAAGAUUGUCUCUACAAAGAAGGCGAAGAAAUUAACGUCGGCCGAACUUCGAAAGAAGAAGAAACCUGUUGUUUGGUCUGGCGUUUUUGCUGUUUGCGCUCUUAUGCAGAUAUAAAGAGAUAAGAAGAUAGACUAUAUCAGCUACACUUCGGCAAUCAUGAAGCAUUCAAGCCUUUUGGAUAUCAUGUCACGUUGACUUGUUAGGACUCCCUUUUAAUGGUUAUUGGCACCUCGGUAUUCAAUCAAUCAACCCCUCACAGUUAUUUCCCGCCUUUAGUUAUCAC